AUGCGCGCAUCACUGUCGCUCCAUCUUGACGCACACCGCACACCGGAAGGUCGCAAUGUCACACAGCCAAACAAGCCGCCAGAAGCACAGGAGAGAGAAUCAGAGCGCAAGGUGGAAAACCGGUCUAGCGUCGCAAGCGAUGAUCUAAAAAACGCUCCACCGGUUUCCAGGAAAAUCGGGGUGGGCGAAGAUGAGAGUAUGGCUCCAACAGUGCUAGCGAACGUGUUGUAG